ACUCAGAUAUUGCUUUAAAUUUAAAUUAUAAUGAAAAGCCUAUGAGAUGCCCUAGAUAGCAAUCUUACCUUUAAAUUUUAUAAGAGGUAAUAGGUAAAUUCACUCUAAUUUUUAAACUAACACUGUUAAAGUGAUCUGUGGAGCGCAUUAUUUGCUACGCUACACAUUUGUAAGACGGAGAUUACAAAUGUUUGUGUAACAUCCUCUUAAAUGCCAUAACACUGAAUAUGGGACACAUUUGAUUUGCAAUUUUUUUUCGACCCAUACAUGUGUUACAUAAUGAGAACAUUGUUUUAUUUGUGUUACAUUCUUAUCAUAAUUUUUUAGUAUGUUUAUGAGCAUUUUUAUUAUUUGAAACAUUUUGUCUAGAUUCAUGUAAAACUCAUAGGGUCAUUAAAAACGAAUCUGGGAUAUUUGACACCUAGGAAUUUUACAUAUUAUAGGACAAUAAUUGACAAUACAGUAAAUAAAAUUAGAUUAUUAGUAUUAGUAAUGAAGUUUUUCAUUGCCAGUAUACAUUCUACUUAAGUGAAUCAGUGCUCAAAUUGGGAAUUAUUAAGUAGAGGAGCUCAAUCCAACAAUUUAGAAACUGCGUUUCAAGUGCAAAAUUAUUCAACGCAGACUCGUGGGGGGCUUCGCCCACAUACUCCCCUUAACCAAUUCUUAGUUUUUCUACUUCGUUAGUAUGCUACUCACCAAAAAAGUUUAAGAGUGUUUACCUGUUUUACAUACUGAUAAAGUGAUAAAUAACAAUUUAUUUAACUAAAAUGUUUUUAAUAUAUUGAUGAUCAUCAUUGUUAAGUAUUUUAAUACGUUAUAUAUUGUUAUGCUCUGUUUACAUUAUCCCAGAAAACUUCAAAUAUAUUGACAAUUGUCGUGUUGUGUUUAAAAUAUUGACCGUCAGAAUUUUCUUUUGGUUGACUGUUUUACAUAUAUAUUGCUUAAGUGAGUUAAGUGGUUAACACUGCAAGGUGGAAGGACGCAACACAAAAUUAAUUAAUUUAAUAUCUAAAAAUCUCGUAUAAUCAUGGCAAUGGAUUUAAAUGAAGUCAAAAUCAAUGUAAGGAGCCUGUUAACCAGUUCGCAAAAACCACUCAGUAUUUCACAGCUUCAAAGAGAUUAUCUUGAACAAGAAGGAUGUAACUUACCUUAUAGAAGUUUAGGUUUUAGUUCAGUUAUUGAAUUGCUCAAAAAUAUGACCGAUGUUGUAACUGUCCCUCCAAAUGCAAAUGAAUCAUCUAUGUUAUCUCUUGUCGUUGGCGAUAAGACUAACCAUUUAAGAAUGCUUGUUGUUAAGCAAAAAACAAAUACUAGAAAAAAGAAAGGCAAAUCAAACAUGAAUAAUCGAAUAGUACAUCAAAAUCAUAAUAGAAAUAACAAUUUUUCUGGACGUAACUCUUAUAAUCAAAGGAUGCCUACUAAAACCAACAAUUAUUCGAACAACAAUUAUCAAAAUAUUAGAAGUGACUAUCGUAGAUCCAAUAAUUCUUCUAUAAGUUCUAAUCAAUUAAACCAGUCAUAUUCAUCAUCUAGUAAAAGUCAUUCUGAUAUGAAUAGAAAUGGUACUAGCCAUGAAGCCAAUUCCAGUUAUGGUUAUGUGACGGAUAACUUACGUUCUAAUAUAGAAAGAUACAUAAUUGAAAAUCAAAUGCCGAUAACUUUAAAUAAAUUAAAGCAGAUAGUACAAAAGCAUCCUGACUAUUCAGUUAUGGACGUACAUAGUAUGCAUGAUUUAAAAGAUCGAGUAAAAGGUUUUUUAAAUAUAAAUGAUGAAGACGUUUCUUUAAAAAAUUCACUUUACUUUAAAUCUAAUAUACAACGGGUACACCACGAUACAGAUGCACACAUUAAGCCUUCAGAACCAGAUUCGCUACCAAAUAUACCAUCAUAUGAAUGUAAUGCUCAAAAUGUAGUAUCUGAACUGUAUGCGCGGUUAACAAUUGAUGAACUUAAAGAAGUUACACCCCAUAGUAAAAAUAAACAUGAUAGUAAUAAUGGAAUGAAUAGUAAAAGAAAUGUAUCAAUUGAACUUUCAACUGAAUAUAUAGAAAUGUGUAAAAAUCAAAGUUUGAUGAGACCAUUUCAAAGUGGUUUUAAUAAUACAGAUAAAAACUCUGAUAUUGCUAAAGCUAAUUUAAUAAAAAAUAUUGAAUAUGUAAAAAAACAAUCAGAAAUUAGAAAAAAUAAAAGUGUUGAAUCAAGCCUUGUAAAUGAAAAAAAAUCGCAAUCGUGUUCUAUUUCUAUGAACGGUGAUAAUUCUUUAAACAAUUCAAAUUCAUUUCUGCAUUCUACUCCAAAGAAAAAUAAUAAUGAUUCAAUAACAUUGAAUGGAAAAAAAGGUCGUAUUCCUGAAUUAAUGAAGUUAAAUAUUGAGAGAAUAUUCAAAGUUUACUGUAAAGGUGUGAAUAUUGAGAAUUUUAAGUUCAUUUAUACCCAAUUGUACAAUCCUGUUGGUUUCGAUUUUUCAUUAAUUAAACAAAUGUUAGAGGUAUUAGAUCAAAUUAUUGAAGUGCGAAAUAAUAUAUUGUACACCAAAGAUUACUUAAAAUUGUGUGAAAAAAAGGAUUUAGAAAUCGACAAUAAUUGCUUGUUUAAAAACAUUUGUUUAAAUGAUGAAACAAUUACUACAAUUAUAGAACAGCCAAUAUUGUAUUUUAAUCAGGACAAAAAAAAAAUGCUGUUGGCUUAUACAUAUAAUCCAAGUUUAUUUUAUUUACAAUUGGAACCUAUGGAACUUUUGGACUGUUUAAUGAUUCAAAUGAAAUCUACUUAUGAAACUAAAAGUAACAAUUAUUUUGUUGAACCAAACCAAAUAUUACCAGGUUUAUUUUAUGCAACAUCUUAUUCUUCAUUUUCGAAUCUAAAAGAGUGGUAUCGAAUUAAAGUUUUAAAAGUAAAUUCAACCACUGUUGAAGUAAUUCAUGUGGACUAUGGAAUUGUUGAUAAUAUACCCAAAACUGAAUUAAGAUUUUUGAAUUAUACAUUUUGUAGUUUACCUUGUCAAGCAAUCCAUUGUUGUUUGACUGGUUAUAAUGAACUUGAUUCGAUUGCACCAGAAGUUACAAAAGCAUUUUUAGAAAUCAUUAAUAUUAAUAAGCAGGUUUUGGUUAUGGUUGAUGAUCAUUUUAUAUUCAGUAAACAGUACCAAAUCUUACAUGUCACCUUGUUCCAAUAUAAACCUAAUGAUUCACUACAAAAUAUCAACUACGAUUUAACUGCAUGUCACUUGAAUACUUGAGAAAAUAGACUUCAAGACAACUUUUAACAAACAAGAUAUUCUAUGAUGCUGCUGCGAGUUAUUCAAUUCUCCGCAGAUGGUUUUAUUAUUCAACUUAUAAUAAUAAGUUAUAACUGUUAUGAAUACCUCAUUUUUAUUUAAUUACUUUUAGCUUUUAAUAUCAUACUAACUAUUUUUGUAAGGUUUUCAUUAAGUUCUGUAAUAUUUUUAUAUUGUUUUUCAAGUUUUUCUUUCAGCUGACCAAUAAGCAUUUGUUGUAGUCACAUUUUUAAAUGUAAUUCAUUACCACGAGUACACACUCCCGUACCCGAUACAUAUUAAAAAUAUAAACAUAAUAC